GCAUUUCACAAUAACAACAACACUAAGCACAAAAAUGAAAAUAACCACAGAGAAACAAAAGCAAUAGUACACAAGUUUUGGACAAUAAGAGACAAAAUAACGACAGAAGAAGAGGAAAAUAAUAGACCCAGACAGUAAACACAUCAGGGAAUGCCGUAACAAAUUAAUUAAGGCAGCCACAGAGAAGGAAACAGAAAACAGACAUAGAGACAGAAAACCUAAAUUCAGGCUGAAGUGCUUAAUUAAGAAAUUGAUGUAAUACUGAAAAGAAAAGUGUGAAUAAGUGAAAAAGAAGAAAAGAUGAACGAAAGGAGGACCUAAGAAGCGAUACAAAGCGUCACAGGUCAAAAGAAGAAGAAGAAAUAGAAGUAACGUAAAAAAAAGAGCCACAAGAACAAGAAGAGGAAGGGACAGGUGGCGUUAAGGAGAGGGAGGUGGGACAGUAACCUUCACAAUAAUGGAUGGUAUAAAAGCCGUCGUUUUGUAUAUAAGUCUCCUCCUUCAGCUCACGGGGUCUGGCAGCGAGAUGGUACCUAUGAGGGUCGUUAAUGAGCUCCCCAGCACUUCAUACAGUUCCCUACAAAAAUUAGAUACAAAGGCUGAGGAGAAAUUGCUUGCGAGGAUGAAGCCAGCAAACGUCAGCGGCCCAGAGCACCUCCACGGCCUGGCUGGGAAGUGCUUUACUUACAGAGAUGCUAAGUACGAAUAUGUCCUGUGUCCCUUCAGCAACAUUACACAGGAAGACAUCCAGGUGUAUUACGAGCCCUACAAAGGUAUUCUGGGGGUAUGGAGUGACUGGACGAUUGAGAACAACACGUUUGUAGCGAUGAACAUGAUAGAGGGAAGCAGGUGUGGUGAGGACCGGCAACGCUCCACAAAGGUGAAACUAAGCUGUGGAGCCCACUCAGAGCUGCUGGAGGUUACAGAGCCUGAAAAGUGCAGGUACUUGGCUAAAUUCAAGACCCCACUGGUGUGUGGGGCAAACGCAAUGGUUGUGUACCCGAGACUGCCUGAGGACCUGCAGAAGGAGUGGGAUGAGGUGGAGCAGGACAAGCAGGAUGGCUACCUAACAGAAAAGGGUUACCAGAAGCAGUUAGCAGCUAUAUUUCUUAAAGCAGGACUUUAUCUCUCUCCUGAGGCUAAAAAAUCAUUGCUUCUCAAGGCAUCAGAUAUAACAGACCAGAACUGCAAGGAUGCACUAGAGGCAGCUCUCCAGCGGGCCAGUGAGCUUGAAGAGGACCUCAAGCUGAAGGAAGACAUAAUUAAAGAGUUGGAGAAAAAUAAAAACAAUGUACUAUAGCUCAUGCUUGCUGUUCAGCCACCACCCUUAUCUUACACUUUCCCUCCACUCACACCAGACUUCCAUUAGCUUUUAACAAUCCUCUUUGGUAAAACUACAUAAGAAUCAGACCCUAGGAACAUUUUCUUCACAUUUUCAUCUCCGACAUCCUUCAUCUUUCUUUCUCACUGUUGUACUGUUGUGUGCAUUGGGCUCGAGAACACCAAAAUCCAGGCUGUCACUUACGGAGAGAGGACCUGGCAGCGUCGCUUCUUCCCCCAGGUCCCACGCUUGACAGCCAGUGCCCCCAGGGGACCUGGGAGGGAAAAGCAACGCUGCCAUAUCUUGUCUCCGUGAGUGACAGCACGAGUUUGGUGUUCUCGAUCCCAAUGCAGAUAGUACAUUAAUACCACCUUGAUUUUGUUUUCCUAAUAGAGGGAAAGCCAUGUUUGGAAUUAUUUAGAAUAUUAUUUAAUUUUUUCCAGGAGCAAAAUAAAGUAACAUAUUCACCUGUUGUGGUAAAUGAAAUACUGUUUCUGGCAGAGGAAUAUGAUUAUUUACUGUUAAAACACUCAAAUAAGUUAAAAUACAGAGCUGUGAAUUUAGAUUAAAAAAAAAUUAUGGAAACAGAAAUAGUGCAAUUAAUAAGUGUGCAGCACAGCUGGCGAUCGGUGCAUGUGACCGUAUGCUCUUGAGACUUCUGAGACUAUCCGGGCUCUACAAUUUUGUCCAUAUUUUUUGAGUGGCCAAUAAGGUAUAUAUUCUGUUAGACACAUGUGCUCCUCCCUUGUUACUUUCUUCCUCCAUGUGUGUCUGUGGAUCAUUCUGUGCUGGAACAGAAUCAUUAUUAGCCUCAUGUUUCUGCAUUACUGUACUUGCUUAUUUGAUGCUAGAUUCAUUUACUCCAUCUGUAACCCAAAAUGCUUAUUUGAUGCUAGAUUCAUUUACUCCAUCUGUAACCCAAAAUGCUUAUUUGAUGCUAGAUUCAUUUACUCCAUCUGUAACCCAAAAUGCUUAUUUGAUGCUAGAUUCAUUUACUCCAUUUGUAACCCAAAAUGUCAAGUACAGCAAACCUGAUUUUCUGUUCUAGUCUUGCAUUUGUCACUGAUCAGAAUAAUUCAUUCCAUUCCAUACUUCAUUAGAUAGAUAGUGCACUAAAGUCUUCCCUGAUCUUUUUAUACACUACUGAAGCUUAUGGGCACAACUUUGCAUGUUGUAAUAUUCCUUUUGUCAGUCAUCUGCAUCGAUCCUACACUUGCAGGUGUAGGAGUGAGUGGUGAGUUGCCGCGCUGAUCAGAUGUGCUGCUCCUUGCUCGCAAAAGCGCUAUGUCGACAUGGCUGGCUGAGCCAAGAACUUGGUGGAGUUCUGUUACGUUUGUGUGGAUCCCACAGGCGAUAAGUGGAUAGGGUGCUGUCUGUGCCCUAAAUGGUGUCAUGUGAAGUGUGCUCAUCUGUCUGGAAUUAAGUCGGAGAAUAUACCUAAAAUAAAUUGGA